AUGACUUGCAUUCUCACGGGAGUGGUUACAGAAACCAAACCCCGGCCAUCUUCCUGGGCCUCUGUGGACCUCGAAGCUUGGGUGGGACUGUCUCCUUCUCCCUGUAGUGUUGCCCGGGAUGCACGAUGUCUCCCAAGUUUCACUGUUCCUAGACUCACCUGCCUGGAGUCCACCUGCUGCUGCUUUGUGUAUUCACCUGCCUUGGCUCCCCUCCCCCCUGCAAAUCUCAGCCCCCUCACUUUUUUUCCCACCAGAAAUACAUGCCAGUGGAACACUUCGGGUGUGUGUGUUGAAUUUCUUGAAGAUUUGCAGGUUGACAGGAAGUCUCAGCGUGUCCCGUGUGGACUCCCGUCCCUCUGGCUCUGCCUCAGCCUCUCUCUUCCACCCCUCUCCAGGAACACCCACACCAAGGGUCUUACCUUCUACCCAAAGCACUUCUUAAGGUAUUUUCCCCACACAAUGAUCUUCCCCUUCCUAAGAGGAAUUGGGGUGAUAAAGGGUGUGAAUGUUCCUUUAUCACCUGUGACUGUGGGUCUCAGACCAUGUGAACAUUUGGGGCAAAGUUAUCCCAGAAGCCUUGGGAAGUGCAGACUCCUCCAAAGAAGAGGAAGGUUGGUGUUGCCAUGCUGUGUUCUAAGAUGGUCUUUCUCUGGAGGUUUAGGGGUUCCCCCCAAAGCCCAAUGAUUAAACCUGUCAUGACUGAGGAGGAGGCGGUGCUCAGACA